GCGUCAAUCAAAUGUUUGCCGCGUUUGCAAACGGUUCUCUGUGUGCAUGUGUGUGUCUUCUGUGAAUUUUUGUGGGCGGUUAAGUUUUUGUUGUUACUUUUUAACAGUACGUCUCUCCAUGUGCGUCGUAGUCGUCGUCGCGUUACCGUUAUAAAUCGGUUGUGUCGUGUGUCGCUAUUUGAUAUGUUACCGCGCAAUUGCCAACACUAAAUUACAUGUGAAAAAUUAAACAAAAAUAAAGGAAAGUAAAUUAAAUUAAAAAAGGGGAAAAAUUCAAAAUUAAAAAAAUCGAAAUUGUUGUUUGGCUCUCCGUGCGUCUUGUGUUCCUGUGUGUGUGUAUUUAGUUAAGUGCAAGUGUAAAGGAAUUCCAACAAAAAGCCAUUAACCAAAAGAGCUAAAAAUUAAACAAGUGUAUGGAAAGGUCUUCAUUGAUUAUUGAUGAGGAUAAUUUUGCCCAAAAGUUUUCUGGCAAAAUGGAUACCAUAAAAAGGCAGCAACGUAGUCGCAAUACAAUUCUUGGGCAAGCUUAGAACAAUUUUUGCGAAACAAACUUAAAGAAGAAGUCAUUAGAAAAAUGGCUGCUUUAACUGUAGGCAGUCCCACAUCCAAAUUGAAUCCCAUGUUGUGUGAUGAUUGCGAUUAUUUUAAUACAACAUCGGCAAUAUUUAUCGACAACAGCACUCAAACCGAAGAUGAUGAUGAUGACGAUGAUGAGGAUGAAGAAUUGGAAUUGAAUAUUCCACAUAAAUCAAAACUAGAACAAAUUGUGGAAGAAGAUAACGAAAUGGAUAAGGAGCAUGAUAAAAAUGAAGAAGAAGAGCAUGAACAGAAGCAGAUAAAUUUCGAAAACCUGGAGCAAAAUGUGGAAACAAAUGGUAUACGAAACAAUAUAUAUAACGUUAAUAAUCAAGAAGAGUUAGUAUCAAAAGCAGACGAACAAAUUAUUGAAAAGAAUGAAGAACCUGAAAAGUCAGAAGAGAAUAUAAGACGGAUAGAAGAUGAUGCCGAUGAAGAAGAUGAUGAUGUGGCUAGAAUUACAGGCUUAGCUUUAGAAAUGGGCUAUGCUCGCAUUAUAGACUACGAUAAUUUGCGUAUUAUCGAGCAUGUUAUCGAAAGUGAUGAAGAUAAUGAUGAUGACGAAGAGGAAGAUGGGGCUCCUGAUAAGGCAAGUUCAUCAGCCAACAACUGUCACAAUGUCGUGACUAUUACAGUCAAAGAUGAACAGGCAGUAGCAACAUUGGAAAGUGUAGAAACACCAACAGAUUCAGUACCAACUGCAACGCCUGAAUCAGUGACAACAUCAACUUGUUUGGUAACAGCAGCAGCAGCAACACCUCAUAUAGUGGAUAAUAACAACAAUAAUCGCGGACGUGGUAGCCAUGAUCAAAGACCAAAGUCAGAACGUAAAGUACAGAUAGUAACUCAAAAACCACCAGCGGCAGCAUCAUCGUUAAAGGCAGCAUCAUCAUCGUUAAAUGGCAUUGCAGCAGCAGCAACAACAUCAAAUACUAGUAGCACCUUAAUCAAAGCUUUCAAAUCAAAUCUAACCCCAUUGGCACCACCAUUUCAACCAGCUGCCUUGAAAGCGAAAAUCCAGAAUACUUGUAACAACAAUGCCAACAUCAAUAACAACACUAACAACAACAUAAUGGUGCAGCCGACAACAGGAGCAACAGCUCUUAGUAGUUAUGCUACGUAUGAGCAGGCAACAUUUUAUUAUCAACAACAGAUGGCCACCUUAACGACACCCACACAGCAGCAGCAACAACAGCAACAGUUGUCCCCCAAGCAACAGCAACAGCAGCAACAACAACAUCAGCAACAUUGUGCUCAACAUGCUGGUGUACCGCACAUUCAUUUACCCUCAAGUUCUGGAAACGGAACUCAAUUGCUGCCAGUGCAAUUGAUUACCUUAUCGGGUGCUGCCGCUGCUUCUGCUGCUGGUGCUACUGUCACAGCAGCAACUCCCUCUGCAACAGCAGGAGCGGCUGCAACUGGCGCCGCCUGGCCACUUGUAGAGGCGCCAAUUUACAUAGACAUCAAUGGUGAGUUUCGUAGCUUUUGCCCAGCACAUGGACCACCAGCAGUGACCAAUCCAACUGGCGCCAUUUCGCACCAUCAUCAUCACUCUCACCAUCAGCAUCAACACCACCAGCAGCAGCAGCAGCAACAACAACAGCCACAGCAGCAGCCACAUUCAGCAGUGACAAAUGUUAAUGGAAAUCUGGUCCAGGCUGGGCAAGCAGCAACACAGCAGCCUCGUUUAUUGCUGCAACUGGACGCAGUCCACCAGCAGCAGCAGCAACAGCAACAGCAACAGCAGCAACAACAACAGCAGCAACAAAUCGUUGCCGCUGGCAAGCGCAAUAAAGUUUAUCGAGGUGAGUGCCCGUUUUAUGACAUUUCAUUAAGAGACGAGUUCAUCCGUCCGUCUGUCGGUCUGGAUCAACGUCAGUUGAAAUUUUGCAUGUAG